AUGGACAAACUUCCCUACGCACUCAUCUCGCUCAUUGUCUCAUGUCUCUUGGAAGAUGAUGGACCAAACCGAAAGCCUUGGUCAAAGCCACCACGCAUCGCCCAGUAUGCAUCCAUCUCCCGUCCAUGGCAAGAUGCUGUUGAGAGGCACACCUUCUCUCAGGUGAAGGUACGGAGCGAUGAGUUCUCUCGCUUUGAGACAGCCUUUCGGCACCCCUACCGGCGGCAAGUUGUCUCUACCAUCAACUACGACAUUGUGCUGCCACCGUACAGCCAGGCACGGUGCUGGAAGUUUGAGCGACCACAUGAGCAUGCAGAAAACAUAAUCGUGUUCUCACAGGCCGUCCAUGCUAUCAUCGGCAGCCUUCACGCGUGGCAAGUCGAGGACGAAGCCGUCAAUGGCGCUGCAGGAAGUGACUGUCGACCGAUAUAUCUGAAUAUGAGCGUAGAAUCCCGGCUUGACAGCAGCCGCCUGCAACGUCAGGGAAUAGGCCUCUACCGUAUGGGCGGCCACUUCAUCGACUUCACUGAGCCCUAUUCGGCUCUUCCCAAAGUUAGGAGAGUUUCAGAGCUGAGCAUCAGAGGUGUACUUAGACCACUGCAUCCCAGCGCAGCGUUCAGAAUUGUUUCGGCGCUUCCUAGUCUGGAAUACAUUUGCAUUGACUUGUUAGAGCCAGACGCGACAAGGGAAGAUAUGCAGAGACAACAUCGCUCCGCUCUCACACAGCACCUCUCGUCAAUGAACAGCACGAGCUUCUCCUCACUAAGAACGCUUUAUCUCAACUGGGACUCAUGUGAACCCUGGAAUUAUAGUUUUAUACCAAACGACCUCCGUGACCCUAAACAAGGUUCAAAGGACACUCUCAGUGCGGCUCUGCAUACUAUUUCACAGUCACUUCCUAUCACCGAGCUCUUCUUAUAUGGACCCUUUAUUAUCUCCUCGGAACUUUUCUGGCCCGACGACUCGCCAGCUCCGGAUUCUCCUCCACACUGGCCAACAUUACAAUGUCUCACUGUCAACGCUAGCAUCGUCGCCCCUGACGGCACUUAUUAUUACACAGGGACUCCAGGGACUCCAGAGUCAGAAGACGGCGAUCCAUGGUGGCCCGAAAGCCCUAGAGCGGAAGCCGAAGUCGACGCUGCUGGCUACGCCAGCGAUGACUCCCGGGUGCGCGACCCAUUUAAUCGGCACGACAUACGGAGGAGCAUCGGCACGUUGCCCCUCAAUAACUGGCGCUCGGAGUUAGACCCAGAUCGCUUCAACCCGCUGGUACUUGCUCUGUCGCGAGCUGUAUGCUGUAUGCCGGUGCUGGGCGAGCUGGACUUUUACAUGGGUAUGUCGGAUAUUCAAGGAUCCUCCGGAAUUGUGCUUUAUGGCGAGGCAGAGUCGGAUGUGGCGUCGGUGUUAUCAGGGAAUCGAGAGAUGGAGCAUGCCGAGCGAAGGGUCUGGAGGGCUGAGAUUGGACGCAACGCCAAGUGGGAGCCUCCGGAGGAAAUGCUCGAACUUUGGCGUCGUUUCGUUGGGCCAGGAGGCGCUGUCAUAGUUGACGAGCGAGGCUGA